ACAGCCCAGUUCUAGAUGUUUGUCCUCAUGGUUCCUGUCCCGCCCAGUCCUAGAACAGCCCAGUUCUAGAUGUUUGUCCUCAUGGUUCCUGUCCCGCCCAGUCCUAGAACAGCCCAGUCCUAGAACAGCCUAGUUCUAGAUGUUUGUCCUCAUGGUUCCCAGCUCAGAGCAACAGGCUACACAUCUGCAGUAGGUCUAAAGUUCCAUUUGGCACGUGUCUCCGUUUGGUACAAAGUCCCACUGACUGCUGAAGGAAUCAAAAACAAGCACGAGGGACACAUCUAAAAAUGCGUUGAAUGAAUGAAAUAGACUGUAAAGGCACUAGAUGAUCAAUUAACUUGAACUAAUUAAGUAUUUUGUUGAGGCUUUGAAAGUUAUUAAUUUUCUAAAGUUUUGUAGAGUAAGGAGUUAUUUUACGCACGCGGAUGACCAGGUGACACCUGAUAACACUCCUGUGAGUGUGUUGUGACAGAUUAAACAUUAAUUUUUCUGCGCACAAAUGCCCUCCUGUCAAUGGAAAGGUGUUAAACCUACACUUGACAAACUAUCUCCUAUCGAACACUUCCAGCCUGUGUGUUGCACCAACACCUGUGACUGAAGAUGAGCUCCGGGUUCGGGCAGGUACUGACAGCGGUCGGGGAGUUCGGAACAUUCCAGAAGCAAAUGUUGGCUGCGAUAUGCUUCCCGAACAUCUUCAACGGGUUCCACAUGUUCUGUCAGGUGUUUACGGGAAUGAACUUCCCUCAUCACUGUAACACCGAUUGGAUCAGGACGCAGGGACCCAACCUGACCAACGAUAGGCUGUUGAACCUCACCCUUCCACCGCUGGAGGAUGGCCCUGGCUUCCAGUCCUGUAAGAUGUACACUCCGGUGGAUCUGGACUUGGAGACUAUUGAAGAGUAUGGGAUAAACAGUACCAUCUCCUGCAGAAAUGGAUGGAAGUAUGAGGCUCCCCAGGGGACCACCAGCCUGGUGACUGAGUUCAACUUGGUGUGUGCCAACAGUGGUCUGAACGAGGCGUCCCAGUCCAUCUACAUGGCAGGGCUCCUGAUCGGUGCUCUGGUGUUUGGGCCAAUGGCAGACAGGUAUGGUAGGCGUUUUGUGAUCCUCCUCUGUCUGCUCGUCCAGCUGUUGUUCAGCGUGGGAGCAGCCUUCUCUCCCAACAUCUAUGUUUACAUAGCCUUCAGAUUCAUGGUCGGCACUACCAUCUCAGGCGUCGCUAUUAACACGUUUGUCUUAGGUGCUGAGUGGACUGGUAACAACAAAAGGGCUCUGUUCACCAUCUUCUCCCACUGUUUCUAUGCCAUUGGUCUGAUGCUGAUGUCUGGGAUUGCCUACGGGGUCAGAGACUGGAGGAUCCUACAGCUGGUCCUCUUCAGCCCUGUCCUGUUCCUCGGGGUAUUCUACUGGAUCCUCCCAGAGUCAGCUCGGUGGCUGAUGACCCAGGGCCGACAAGAGGAGGCUCGUCAGGAGGUCUGCAGAGCGGCGAGAGUCAACGGAAGGGAGAUCCCUGAAGGCCUGCUGGACAAGCUGGAGGUGGAGGGCUCGACCAAGAAGGGCAGUAUGUUGGACAUUUUCAGGAUCCCCUACCUGAGAAAACGGGCUCUCAUUCUCUCCUAUAUCUGGUUUGUAACCAGUCUGGUGUACUAUGGGGUGAGUCUAAACGUGGGUAACUUUGGUCUGGACAUCUAUCUGACCCAGCUGAUCUUUGGUAUUGCUGAACUCCCUGCCCGGCUGGGCUCCCUGCCCCUCAUAGAACACUUUGGACGGAGGAUGUGUCAGGCCAUCGCCCUGUUCUUCGGAGGCACAGCCUGUCUUGUUCUUCUAGCUGUUCCAGAUGACAUGCCGGUUGUGACGACAGUCAUAGCCGUGUUAGGGAAAUUUGCCCUGGCUGCCUCCUUCACCAUCAUCUAUGUUUACACAGCUGAGCUCUAUCCCACUGUAGUGAGACAGAAUGGAGUGGGUUUGAACUCCAUGUGUGCCCGUGUGGCUGGCAUCCUUGCCCCCCUGAUUAGACUGCUGGAGGUGUAUCACUAUUCCAUCCCUGUGUUGAUCUAUGGCAUCCUGCCCUUCCUGGGUGGAGGCCUCUGCUUCAUGCUGCCUGAGACACUCAACACUGAGCUACAAGACCACACUGAACCCCAGGAGAAGGACACAGUAACUCCCGAGAAGUUGAAUCUUGAAAAUGGACCUAGUCAUGUAGAAGAUAGACGUUGGAAGACGACGAUACAAGAUAAGACAGAAGAAACAAUGAUCACAAAAAUGUAAACGAUUAUCACUGUUUUAUAUUAUCUUGAGCUUUACAUGGAGUAUGUGAUUGUUCUGAUUAUUAUCAACACCAAGUAGAUAUACGAAAUGGCCAAUCAAAACAUUUGAUUGUUAUUCAGAUCUCAAACUACAUUGUUUGAGAGACAUUUUCGAAACAAAACUACUUUAUUUAGUAUAAAUUGAAUGAUAAAAUGCAUUAUUUAUAUCACAAAAAAACAUUUUGAUAUAGGUGAACAUUUCUAAAGAAAAAUACAAAUGAUAAAUAUAUGUUUGUAUAAAAUCACUGCUUCAGUUCCAAAUACAUUUUGUAUUUUUUUUUAACGUUUGGAUGAUGUGUGUAUUGUUAUUGUAUUGCUAGAUAUUGCUGCAUUGUUGGAGCUAAAGUAGACUGUUGGAGCUACAGUAGACUGUUGGAGCUACAGUAGACUGUUGGAGCUACAGUAGACUGUUGGAGCUACAGUAGACUGUUGGAGCUACAGUAGACUGUUGGAGCUACAGUAGACUGUUGGAGCUAAAGUAGACUGUUGGAGCUAAAGUAGACUGUUGGAGCUACAGUAGACUGUUGGAGCUACAGUAGACUGUUAGAGCUACAGUAGACUGUUGGAGCUACAGUAGACUGUUGGAGCUACAGUAGACUGUUGGAGCUACAGUAGACUGUUGGAGCUACAGUAGACUGUUGGAGCUGGCUGUUGGAGCUACAGUAGACUGUUGGAGCUACAGUAGACUGUUGGAGCUACAGUAGACUGUUGGAGCUACAGUAGACUGUUGGAGCUACAGUAGACUGUUGGAGCUGCAGUAGACUGUUGGAGAUGCAGUAGACUGUUGGAGCUACAGUAGACUGUUGGAGCUACAGUAGACUGUUGGAGCUACAGUAGACUGUUUGAGCUACAGUAGACUGUUUGAGCUACAGUAGACUGUUGGAGCUACAGUAGACUGUUGGAGCUACAGUAGACUGUUGGAGCUACAGUAGACUGUUGGAGCUACAGUAGACUGUUGGAGAUGCAGUAGACUGUUGGAGCUACAGUAGACUGUUGGAGCUACAGUAGACUGUUGGAGCUACAGUAGACUGUUGGAGAUGCAGUAGACCUUUGGAGCUACAGUAGACUGUUUGAGCUACAGUAGACUUCUGGAGCAGACUGUUGGAGUAGGCUGUUGGAGAUGCAGUAGGCUGUUGGAGAUGCAGCAGACUGUUGGAGAUGCAGCAGACUGUUGGAGCUAAAUUAGGCUGUUGGUGCUACAGCAGACUGUUGGAGCUGGCUGUUGGAGCUACAGUAGACUGUUGGAGCUGGCUGUUGGAGAUGCAGUAGGCUGUUGGAGCUACAGUAGACUGUUGGAGCUGGCUGUUGGAGCUACAGUAGACUGUUGGAGCUGGCUGUUGGAGCUACAGUAGACUGUUUGAGCUUGCUGUUGGAGCUACAGUAGACUGUUGGAGCUGGCUGUUGGAGCUACAGUAGACUGUUGGAGCUGGCUGUUGGAGAUGCAGUAGACUGUUGGAGCUACAGUAGACUGUUGGAGCUACAGUAGACUGUUGGAGCUACAGUAGACUGUUGAAGCUACAGUAGACUGUUGAAGCUACAGUAGACUGUUGGAGCUACAGUAAACUGUUGGAGCUACAGUAGACUGUUGGAGCUACAGUAGACUGUUGGAGCUACAGUAGACUGUUGGAGCUACAGUAGACUGUUGGUGCUACAGUAGACUGGUGGAGCUACAGUAGACUGGUGGAGCUACAGUAGACUGUUGGAGCUACAGUAGACUGUUACAGCUACAGUAGACUGUUGGAGCUACAGUAGACUGUUGGAGCUACAGUAGACUGUUGAAGCUACAGUAGACUGUUGAAGCUGACUGUUACAGCUACAGUAGACUGUUGGAGCUACAGUAGACUGUUGGAGCUGGCUGUUGGAGCUACAGUAGACUGUUGCAGUAGACUGUUGAAGCUACAGUAGACUGUUACAGCUACAGUAAACUGUUGGAGCUACAGUAGACUAUUGGAGCUGGCUGUUGGAGCUAGUAGACUGUUGCAGUAGACUGUUGAAGCUACAGUGGACUGUUGGAGCUACAGUAGACUGUUGGAGCUACAGUAGACUGUUGGAGAUGCAGUAGGCUGUUGAAGCUGACUGUUAAAGCUACAGUAGACUGUUACAGCUACAGUAAACUGUUGGAGCUACAGUAGACUGUUGGAGCUGGCUGUUGGAGCUACAGUAGACUGUUGAUGCUACAGUAGACUGUUACAGCUACAGUAGACUGUUGGAGCUACAGUAGACUGUUGGAGCUGGCUGUUGGAGCUAUUGUAGACUGUUGGAGCUACUGUAGACUGUUGGAGCGGGCUGAUGGAGCUGGCUGUUGGAGCUGGCUGUUGGAGCUGGCUGUUGGAGCUACUGUAGACUGUUGGAGCUACAGUAGACUGUUGGAGCUGGCUGUUGGAGCUGGCUGUUGGAGCUACAGUAGACUGAUGGAGCUGGCUGUUGGAGCUGGCUGUUUGAGCGGGCUGUUGGAGCUACUGAAGGCUGUUGGAGCUACAGUAGACUGUUGGAGCUGGCUGUUGGAGCUACAGUAGACUGUUGGAGCUACUGAAGGCUGUUGGAGCUACAGUAGACUGUUGGAGCUACAGUAGACUGUUGGAGCUGGCUGUUGGAGCUACAGUAGACUGUUGGAGCUACUGAAGGCUGUUGGAGCUACAGUAGACUGUUGGAGCUACUGAAGGCUGUUGGAGCUACAGUAGACUGUUGGAGCUACUGAAGGCUGUUGGAGCUACAGUAGACUGUUGGAGCUGGCUGUUGGAGCUGGCUGUUGGAGCGGGCUGUUGGAGCGUGCUGUUGGAGCUACUGUAGGCUGUUGGAGCUACUGUAGACCUGCGAUAACAUCUGUAAAACUGUGUACAUGACCAAUAAACCUUUGAUUUGAUGUAGAAAAAACUGUGAAAUCAGAGUCAUUUUGCUGAAAUAAGAAUGCUGUUUGGGAUCAUCCGUUUGUCUCAGUAAUCAUUCAUAAUAUUUGUCUCUAAUUCCUUCUAUAAAGUGGAUUCUGAUGCUGAUUUAUAGUCAAGUGACUUAAACACAAGUCUACAUACAGUAUGUACAAGGUGCGUAACCCAGGUGACUCCAAAGAUGUGAUCCAGUGUUGUCAUGGUCACCUUCAUGUCAGCCGAGAACACACAAAACAUCAGUUUUACUAGUUUUCUAUAAAGAACUCAAUUGUCCAUAUUUUAAACAAUUACUACAUUACUUUAAUGAAAUUAAAAUGCUAUAAAAACUC